AGCGACAUGACGUCAUAAACGUGCGACGCACGUGUGAGCUUGGUGAGAGAAGAGCGAUGGCUCAUGAGAGGCUACAAUUCCAUGAAAUGGGCUUAGACGACCGCCUGCUAAAGGCGGUCGCAGAUCUGGGAUGGUCAAAGCCUACUCUGAUCCAAGAGAAGGUAAUCCCUUUGGCUUUAGAUGGAAAAGACCUUCUGGCUCGAGCCCGGACUGGGUCUGGGAAGACUGCGUCAUAUGGUAUACCUGUCAUACAGCGCAUCCUGGCUUCCAAACAGAAUGUGCGUGAGCAAGAUGUCAGGGCUCUGAUUGUGGUGCCAACCAAAGAACUGGGUCACCAAGUUCAGAUUAUGAUGAGACAGUUAACGGCGUACUGCUCCAGGGACAUCCGAGUGGCCGACAUCUCUAGCAAGGUUGAUCUGUCAACACAGAGGCCCAUUUUAAUGGAGAAGCCAGAUGUGGUUGUGGGGACGCCAUCCCGUGUGCUUGCCCAUCUCAAUGCACAGAACCUGGUCCUGCGUUCUUCUCUUGAGAUGCUGGUGGUAGACGAAGCCGACCUAAUCUUCUCUUUUGGCUUUGAGUCUGACCUGAAGAACUUGUUGUGCCAUUUACCAAAUAUCUACCAGUCUUUCCUGAUGUCUGCUACAUUUAAUGAGGAUGUCCAGACCCUAAAGGAGCUGUUGCUCCACAACCCGGUGAUACUGAAGCUUCAAGGAUCCCAGCUCCCAGACAGCAGCCAGCUGCAGCAGUACAGCAUCAAAUGUGAGGAGGAGGACAAGUUUCUACUUGUGUACACACUGCUCAAGCUGUGCCUGGUUAAGGGGAAGACCCUAUUGUUUGUGGGAACUGUGGACAGAUGCUAUAGACUCAAACUGUUUCUCGAACAGUUUGGCAUUCCUGCCUGCGUCCUCAAUUCUGAGCUGCCGGUCCAGUCCAGGUGUCACAUCAUUGCCCAGUUUAAUCAGGGGUUUUAUGACUACAUCAUCGCCACAGAUGAACAGAGUCUGACUGAAACAGCCGCUGAACCACAGACAACUGCAGGGAAAGAGAAGAAAAAGACCCAAAAGAAGGGAGGAAAAGCUAAAGAUAAAGAGUAUGGAGUGUCAAGAGGCGUGGAUUUCCAAAAUGUUGCCAAUGUAAUCAACUUUGAUUUCCCAAAAACUGUGGAAUCGUAUAUUCAUCGAGUUGGAAGAACGGCAAGAGCAGACAACCCGGGCACCGCUCUGUCAUUCGUAUCUCACACCGAGCUCGGUUUGCUGUCAGAGGUGGAGGAAGCUCUCACUGGGGAUGAGACCAAUUCUCCCCUCAAACCUUAUGAAUUUAAAAUGGAGCAGAUUGAAGGCUUCAGGUACAGAUGCCGGGACGCAAUGCGCUCAGUGACAAAGCAGGCAGUGAAGGAGGCCAGACUAAAAGAGAUCAAACAGGAGCUGCUCAAUUCAGAAAAACUUAAGACAUACUUUGAGGACAACCCCAGAGAUCUGCAGCUACUCCGGCAUGACAAAGACCUCCAUCCUGCUGUUGUCAAACCUCACCUUAAGAAUGUACCUGAGUAUCUCAUUCCUGAGGCACUGAAGGGUGUGGUACAUCCACUGACAAGCAGAAGAAGGCGGAGAAAAGAGAUACAGAGACCAGGAGGAGUCAUCAAGAGCAGUUUUAAGAAGAACAUCCAGGGGAAGAACCCACUGAAGAGUUUCCAGUACACUGGAGGCAAAAACAGAAAAGGCAAAGCGAGCCAGUCAUAGCCGUUGGAACACACCUGAAUGCGUUUGAGUUGGAAAUGUUAUUACACCAUACACCAGUCUAUUAUAUAUCACUAGCAAUAUCUGUUUUAUUUGAUUCAUUGAAUAAUUAACUGUAUACACAGUGCAUUUGUUCUGUAUAAUUACAAAUGUUGGAAUAAAUUUUCUGUCAAACAGUG